AAUCAUUGAAUGCCGUCGACAUUCGUCAGCCGGAGCCGCUGAUAAUGAUCAUAGACUGACAGUCAUUCUAGCUACCAUGAACUUAUUUCAAAACAAGAUCUGUUCUUCUCUUUUCCUCCUCCAUGUCAGAUUCAGAAGACUCCAAUCGACCUUCGGCCACAGUCAAAAGAAAAAGGGCCCUCAGGGCCUGCGAUCAGUGUUUCAAGCGGAAAGUAUAUGCUCAGUCUGUUUGAGUUUGGGUAUUGACUGCACUCAUCUUAUUCAGAGGAAGAAACGAGGUCCCAAAUCCAAAUUUUACCCCAGGGGAAGCGACGCGAAAACCCUGAUUACCACUAUCCUCUCCGCUCAGAAAACCGUUGUUAUUCCUAAGGAUGAAUCUAUCGUCCGUGAAAUGCUUGUUGAAAUCGCUUCUUAUGCCCGAGACCUGGAACGGCAGCUAGAGCAAUUCUCGGAACAAAGAAUACAGCGUUCAUCUGCAUCUCCUGUCUCGAAACCCAGUCCACUCUAUGAUUCCCAAGACGAAGAUGAAGCUCAUGAAUUACUCAUCCUUCAAACUCAGACUCUCAGGCUCGAUAACGCGCUUUAUAACAAACACCUAGGGAAAAGUAGUCAUUUCAUGCUUUUAAAGACUGCAUUGAACAUCCGCGAUGAAGCGGGUGCCGGUAGUAAUGGAGUUAUUGAAGUGGAGACGGAGAAGAGUAAAUCGUGGUCGCGGGCUUUUUGGCAUCGGUUUCCACCCGAACCAGUGGACCCUCCGUACGAGUUCCCAGAGCCAGACCUCCUUCGGAAACUUAUCGAUUUGUAUUUUGACAAGCACCAUCCCAUCUACCCUGUCCUGCACCGUCCUUCUUUUGAGCGCUUGGUCUACGUUGACAACCUUCAUCUUACGAAUCGACGAUUUGGUGCAGUUGUACUUGUUGCAUGUGCUUUAGGCUCAAGGCUGUCAGACGAUCCUAGGACCCUGUACGACGGAACGCAAGACAUACGAUCAGCAGGUUGGAAAUACUAUGGGCAAAUUCGUUUAAUUAGCACGAGUCUUUCAGAGCCUUUAACUUUGUACGAUGUGCAACUCUACGCCUUGUCAUUAGUUUUUCUAUUUCCAACUCCAGCCCAUGAUGCUGCCUGGUUCCUACUUGCUCUGGGAAUACGAUCCGCGCAAGAUCAUGGUGUGUAUCGGAAAACAAACUUCAAGAAACGGAUGUCAAGUCGCUUUGAGGAGGAGCAAUGGCGAAGAGCGUUCUGGAAUCUCGCAGCAACUGAUCUAUACAUGAGCAUUGCCACGGGUCGUCCAAGGUCAACAAGAGAGGACGAUUUCGACUUGGAACUACCCCCAGAUUGCGAUGAUGAGUAUUGGGAGAUCCCAUCUAAUCCGCACCUCGAAUACAUUCAGCCGAUUGGCAAACCUUCGCGUAUGUCUUACUGGCAUUACUACGUCAAGCUUCUCCAUAUCGCUGGCCUUGUGAAAGAUAAUCUUUUCACUACACGAAAAUCUGCACUCUGGGAAAAUUCAUCGCCCGACGGCAAUGACAAGAUUGUUAUGGAACUCGAUUCUGCGUUGAAUAGCUGGAUGGACGAGCUUCCGGAUCAUUUGAAAUGGGAUCCCCAUCGCUCGGACGACCUUUUGUUUUCACAAUCCGUAAGCCUUCAUUCGAAUUACUAUUGGGUGCAAAUUCAGUUGCAUAAAGUAUUCAUCCGUCCAGGUCCAUUAAACACAGGCAACUUUCCAUCGUUGGCUAUCUGCACUAACGCAGCGAGGUCGUAUAUACAUAUACUUCAGGCGUGUUUUGCUCAUCCUGGGAUGCCCCUCCUACCACAUUACAUCGCUCCUACGUUCAUAGCUGCAGUAAUCCUUUUAAUCAAUCUAUGGACUAGUCUGCGGGAUAAAACACGGUACGAUCCUAGGAAGGAUAUGGCUGAUGUAUACUCUUGUGUAGAUCACUUGCGCGCAUACGAAAAAAGAUAUGAACAGGCAGGACGCUUACAUGACGUUCUGGAAGCAGUCAUGUCUGUUAGCAAAAUGCCACCACCUUCACAGAAGGAAUCCCUCAAACGCUCACGCGAUCCUCAACCGGCUCAGACAAACCUCAGCAUGCCAGACAACUCCGUACGUCAGUUCGCCGGUACGCGAAGAGUUUCAAAUGCUCUGGAUGCAGCGUCAGUGUCACAAGCAGAUGCCCUAGCUACUGACUAUGUCGGCGCGUUUCAGGGUCCUUCAGUGUUACCUCUCUCACAUGGCUCGAUGUUCGAUCCCUUCUUUGGCGUGAACAUCGCUGCUUCAGAGCAGCCAACCGUUGGGUUCGAUGUUCAACAACAGCUUUUUCCAGCCUAUCCGUCGUCGUUUUCCUUCAAUCCAACUGCUGCUAGCGCCGAUGCUGCGUCGUUUGAUUCUGGCAUGGAUGGCUCUGGUUUCACAACUUCAUUCUCCUCUGAUUGGAGCAAUUCAAGUCCUGAAGAUUGGACCUCGUUCAUGUCGAAAGUAGACGAUUUACUUCAUGACGUGAAUCCGGAUGGCUUGUAGACAUAUCCAGUAACGAAGGGAGUAUAUGUUAGUAUAAAAGAAUGAAGUAUGAAGUAGAAUCAUUAUGGAGUAUGUAGAGUACGGGAAAUAGAAAAAUUUUUGCUCGACGGAAUCAUAGAAAA